CCGAUUGGCUGCGACAAGCACUGUUCUUUGGGAUUGGUUAAAGUCCCCAGCGCCUAGUUUGAAUUCGGAAAGUAGCAACAGUCAGGGGAUCACGAGUCUGCAGAGAGCUGCCUGUCCCGGAAGACUCUCGUUUCGGUCCACACUUUAAAGAAAGGGUUAUUAUAUCACAGGCGCAGGGCCUGAAUAAUCAUGGUCAGCAAUAUGAUUUCCCCUGGCAUGGGACUGCUCUCGGAUGAUGAGGAGAACCCAGUGUUUGAAUCUACUGCAGCUGAAUGUGGGGCUGGAAUCCGAAAAGCGCUUCUAUCUGAUUUUUCUGUCAUCUCUCCAGGACUGGGCCAUCCUCCCCAGCCUGUGCCAGAGGAAACAAAUGAGAAAGUCAUGGUUUACGUGAGGAUUAGACCCUUUGUAGAAGGGGAGUUGGAGAAGAAGGAGGACCAGGGUUGUGUUGAGGUGGAGAAUGAGGAGACCCUGGUCUUGCGUGCUCCCAAAGAUUCCUUUGCAAUGAAGAAUACAGAACGCGGAUUGGGACAGAGUUUGCACAAAUUCACUUUCUCUCAGAUAUUUGGACCAGAAGUGGACCAGAAGCAGUUUUUUGAUGGAACAAUGCGGCAAGUGAUAAAGGAUGCGCUGAAUGGGCAGAACUGGCUUAUUUAUACCUAUGGAGUUACUAACUCUGGCAAAACCUACACCAUACAAGGGACUAGCAAGGAUGGAGGUAUUUUGCCUCGCUCCAUUGCACUUAUCUUUAACAGUGCACAUGAACGCCUGUACAAAAGCUCAGACCUUAAACCUCUUUCCAAUGAGGUGAUGUGGCUGGACAGCAAACAAGUGCGACUGGAAGAACUUAAGAAAGUUUCACUACUGUCUAAUCUGAGAGAGGAAGAACUUUUAAACCCCCUAAAAAGAAGUAACAAUGAAUCCAGGGCUGGCACAAGUAUUAGCUUUGACAGUGGCAUUGGGGGACUUUCUUCUACAAGUCAGUUUGUCAAUCAGACCAGUAGCCAGCUAGAAGAGACCUGUUCACGUUGGAGUGACCAAGAAGUAGUGUCCCUUCAGGAGGCUGCUGAUGUACAAAUCUCCAUCUGGGUAUCCUAUUUUGAAAUUUACAAUGAAUUUGUUUAUGAUUUAUUGGAGUUUCUGCCUUCUGGUCCGAACCGUAAACGAACCACAUUGCGACUAUGUGAGGACAGGAAUGGGAAUCCAUAUGUGAAAGAUCUCACCUGGAUAAAUGUACACAGUGCUGAAGAAGCCUGGAAGAUCCUGAGAGUUGGAAGGAAAAACCAGAGUUUUGCCAGCACUCAUCUGAACCAAAACUCUAGUCGGAGUCACAGUAUCUUUUCCAUUCGAAUUCUCCACUUACAAGGAAAGAAUGACAUGACGCCUAAAAUAAGCGAACUUUCAUUCUGUGACUUGGCUGGAUCUGAGCGCUGCAAAGAUCAGAGAAGUGGUGACCGUCUCAAGGAAGCAACCAACAUUAAUACCUCCCUGCAUACUCUGGGCCGUUGCAUUACAGUACUGAGACAGAACCAGCAGCAAAAAUUGCGUCAAAACGUGGUCCCUUUUAGGGACAGUAAGCUGACCCGCAUAUUCCAGGCAUUCUUCACCGGGCGUGGGAGGUCUUGCAUGAUUGUAAACAUUAAUCAAUGUGCCUCUACAUAUGAUGAGACUCUUUAUGCCAUGAAGUUUUCAGCCAUUGCCAGCCAGCUGGUUCAAGCUCCAACUGUGAAAGUGAACAUUCCAUCCAUUCAGUCACUCAUCAAGGAAAGCAGCAUGCUGGCCAAUCGCAGUUUCACAGAUGAGGAAGAUGUUGAAGAGAAUUCUGAUGAUGAAAAUGAGGAAACGGAUAUUACAAAAUUUAACAGAGAGGAGUUAUUACAAGUUAUUGAGAACAUGAAGGAGCUCAUUGUAAAGGAGCGUCAGGAGAAGCUUAACAUAGAGAUGCAAAUCCGUAAGGAAGUUUGUAGUGAAAUGAUGGAUAUGAUGCAACAACAGCAGAAACAGCACAGUGAGAGUCUGGAAGAUGAACGAGAAUUGCUAGAGGAGAUAUACGAGGGUCGACUGGAGAACCUUAAAGAAUCUCUAACAAACUAUUACAAAGGGGAAUUGGAGGAAAGAGAUGAGAAGAUUGAGGAACUGGAAGCUGCUUUGAAGGAAGCAAGUUACAGUGUCAAUUCAAUGACCAGCCAGCCAACGCAAAGAGAGGAGAGUCUCUCAGUCCGUCGGUCUAAGAGAUUAGCAACAGCUGAGGCAAACCCAGAAAAGUUGAAACAAGAGGUCCUGAAUCUGAAAAUGGAGCUUCAGUCAAGGAAUGAGGAAAUUGAAAAGUACAAGAAAAUGCAGGAGCCUCCGAUCUCUGCCCGAUCAUAUACAGCUGAUGUGGAUAAGAAGAUUGUGGAAGGGCAGAGACUUUAUGGUCUGGGCUCUCUUCACAAGUGCACCGAUUUUCAGCACACAAGAGCUCUUUGGAAUGUAAGAUUAUUGCGCAGUGAAUUGCAGAAGUUUGGGGAUUCCUUGCAUCAGGUGGACAGGGCAUGCUGUCACACAACUGGAGCUGAGAAACUGAGGCAAGCUCUCAGUACCUGUGAUGAUAUACUAGCCAAACAGGAAAGGGCUUUGGCAGAACUUCAAAAUAACAUGGUGCUGGUAAAAAUGGACCUGAAGAAGAAGGCUGUUUGCAUUGCAGAGCAGUACAACACGGUGCAGAAACUACAGGGUACCACUACUGGCUAUAGACGUCCCUGCAAUAAUGAGAACACCCAGCCAAUGAAUUCAGAGAAGAGACCCUUCCUACGCAACUUCCUGGCAAGGACCCCAGGAAAGAAAGGACUUGCAGAAAACAGUCCCUACAGUCGCAUUUUGCGUUCCCGGCGCUCCCCUGUGCUAAAGACUGUUGCUUUCGGCACCACAUACUGAGUUUGUACUAGUGCCCUUGCCUUGGACUUAUAGGUUUGAGUGUUGCGUCACUCAAUUGUCUAAUGAUGGCUAUUCCUGUACAGUUUCUUUUAUUCUUUAAGGGGGCUAGUAACCCCCCCAAUAUACACUUACCUUUUUUUAAUGACAUUAGGGUAUUUUGUUGUCUUUGGCUAUUCAUGUACAGUUUCUUUUAUUCUACUAAACUUUUAAUGGGGCAAGUAACCCCCCCAUUAGAUUUUUUUUUUAAAUUAUACUGGGGUCCUUUGCUACUUCCAACAGGCAGCACUGUGACUAUUGUGUUAGAGCACCAGUAAAACCCCUUCUGGUUCUUCUGAAACAGCUUUCCUACUUUUUUGGGGGGCAGGGGAUAAGAAGGGUUUGUGUGGCUGCUGGCUCUUUAACAUAAGACAAGAGUUAAGUUGCUUGUGGGCUCUACUUGCCAUAGUGUGGGGGUCUUUUUCUUCACCAAAGAUAUAUGUAUAAGUCAAUGUCAUAUUACAUAUCACCAGCAACAGGAGUAUGUUGAUUAUAAUACAAAAGGGAAACUAAGCUAGGCAUUUAUAUGACCACCUUUUGUUUUACUGCAGUAUUUUACAGUAUGUUAAGUAUAAGGGAAUGUGUGCUGUUCUGUUUGUUCUCUUCACAUGUGCAAUAAUAGAAUGUAUGAUCUGGAAUAAAUCACUUUGUACAGUU